GGCUGUCUCUGACGCCAAGGCCAGGGAAUUGUUCGUUUUCAUCGCGAACAGUUCCCGCGUGGCCCGCUUGGCGGGCGACGCCCCGAAGGGCGAGAAACUGUCCGCGAGCCGGGCCAUCGGGCGCGAUAGGAAGACGCCAGCGAUGCCCCACGCGCUCUUCAAGAAAAAGGAGCUCGUCGAGUACAUCUUCCACGAGGCGUUUCUUAUAAACAAGGAAGUGGGGACUGACAUGGCGGCAUUUACGUUCUCCAGAAGCGGCGGCGCCGACGGGAUGGGGACAUUGUUUGCGCUCCGCGCAGCUGGGCGUCGGAACGCCGUGGAUGUCAAGACGAAGGCCGGGCUUGCCCAGCAGGAGUUGCAGAACAGCACCACUGGGUUCGUCUGGCGCGCGUACCUCGCCGAGACCAGCCAGGGCGUCGGCGCCAAGUGCCGCGCUUUCGCGGCCGCGUGCACGGGCGGGCCGAUCCCCGCCGACCCCGAGCUGGAUGCAAAUCUCGGCUUGUUGGGGGUGUCCGAGCUCGGAGGCGAGCAAGAGGAAGAGCCCCAGAAGCUCCAGGAGCAGCUCAAGCAGCUCCGCAGGAAAACUGUGAAGUUCGUCAGUUUGCCGUCUGUCGGCGCUGCCUCUGGCGCGGAGUGCGCAGUGGCGCAGAUGCAGAGCUUGCGGGAUGCGCUCAGCCUCGGGCACCGCUUCGGGAGGAAGAGGAACGACGUUCGCGCGUUCAUCCUCUCAGCGGAGCUGUUCCCGCCCAACGUCGUCAAGCAAGGCGGCGGGGCGAGGAUGGGCGAGCAGGCGGCGCGCGGCGAGGCGAUGUUCAAGCGCGUCAUCGAGUUCUUCUUGCAGAAUAGGCAGAAUGAUGAUAUCCUCAUCCUCCUCGACGGCAGGAGCCGCGCGAACCGCAGGGUCAUUGAGUCCAUCGAGACGAAGUUGGAGUCAGGAGGCCCUCACGCGCACGUCGAGUGCUGUUUCGUGCACAAGCAACCGACGAAGAAGGAGGGCGCGCGGUCCGCGGCCAGGGCGUCGAGCUACACGAAGAACAACAGGGAGACGGCCAUUUUCUCGAUGCCACUCAAGGGCCCGCCGCGGAAAGCGGCGCGCCGUGCGGAGUUCAACGCGCGCGGCGAGUCCUCGACCGCAGGCGCGUCAUACAGCGGCAUCCCAAUGCGGCGCUUCUCCGAGCUUCCUCGCAUGGACCGCGAGACGAAGACGAGCAUCUUGGGAGCUGCAUCUUGCGCUAGCGUUGACGGGGGGCAUCCGCGCCUGCAGGGGGGCAUCGACUCGACGGGCCACCCGUUCUCGCACAGCGAGGUGAAGCCGCUCAGCUCGUGGCAGACCCUCGUGGAGCACCACGAAGUGACCCGCGUCGUGGACAUCACUCCAGGUUCUGGCGCUUUGGCCGUUGCUGCCCAUGGCGCAGUGGAGUGCGGAGGCAUCGCUGCCAACGAUGCGCGCCGGGACUGGCUCGACUCCAUCGUGGACAGGUGCGCGAUGCACAAGGCGGGCCACGACGAGGGGCGCGCGGAGCAAUUGGGCGGCGACGCCGAGUUCGUCGAGAAAGCCGGCAAGUAUUUCAGCGGAACCAUGAUGGAGGCAAAACGUCUGUUGAUGCCAGUGGCCGGGUACGGCGAGGAUGGGGAGGAGGAGGGGGAUGGCGCGAGCUCGGACGGCGAGCAGGGUAGCAUUUGA